GAGUGUACGUCACAAUGGUUGUAGAAUUAAAAAUUUGCGCUUUAUAUAAGCGAUGUAGAAGACUGGAUGAGGACUGUCUCUAUUCUCGAGAGCAAAAAGUGCUCCAAGUUCUUCUUAUAAACGAGUUAAAAACAAGUGAAAUGGAAGAAGACACAACAGAUUUUCCUUGUCCAAGUGAUGUAGAGGUGGCACUCGAGGUUUUGUUUCAAGACUUUCCCGGAGUUUUCGAAAUUCCAGGUUUUCCUCCUUGUGCACUGCAGAGUCAAGUUCAAGCACUGGUAAAAGACAAUAGCAAGGUGGAACCUGAACUUCGGCACUUGAUAUUGUUUAACGCCGUUCGUUCCUUUCACGUGGUCGUCGGCGGUGUGGUAGAUAGCGUUAUCGUAAGAGAGAAGGACUUCCGAGAAUACGUCGAAGGUUUAGUUGACAAGCAAAAUGAGUUGGAAACGAGAGCAAUCCACUAUUUUAUCGAUAGGAUACUCAAAGUCUAUCGGGGCAAGUUUCUAGAAGAGUGGAAUCUUGAACAGCAUUUUGGAAAGGAGGCACUAGAGUUUUUACCAUACUGGGUCCGAGUGGGAGUUUGUGUUCGACGUGAUAACAAGAGUUAUUGGCUAUCUCUCCCCAACGUCGGUAGGUUUUUGAAACAUUGUCUUCAAGGAAGGAAGGAAAUUCUUCUCAUGUUGAAACGAACUCGGUUCCAUGAGAUAGCAGUCAAAACUUUAGAGAAACGAAAGUUAAAACGUUCCAGUUUUCCACCAAAGUUCCAUCUUCGAGAGUUGAUUGGCGGUGGUCAAGUCGAGCAAAUAGAAAGUCCAGCGGGCACGAUGAUUCGUUUGGAAUAAAGUUGAAGUUAGCAUAUCUUCCU